AUGGAGAACGAAGUGGACUACUACGUUCAAAUCAAAGAUGAACUGUUCAACGCAGACGACGAAGAAAUAAUCUCACGUUUUCUGAAGCGUAUGAUCGUUAACGGAGAUUCAUGGCCCGAGCACUUCAUCUCAGACGUAGACGUGUUCAACAAGAAUCCAAACGAAGAGUUUUAUUCUCAGAGCCCUAAGUUCUUGAUCGUUAGACCACGCACAGAGAGUUGUGGCAAAACCGAUAGUUGUGAAUCUGGUUGCUGGAGGGUCAUUGGUCGUGAUAAACUGAUCAAAUCAGAGCAGACUGGGAAGUUUCUAGGGUUCAAGAGGAUUCUCAAGUUCUGCUCAAAGAGGAAACCUAGAGAAUACAAGAGGAUUUGGGUAAUGGAAGAGUAUAGGCUUGUGAAUAGUCGUCGGAAGCAAGAUCAAGUGAUCUGCAAGAUUAGGUUUCUGUUCGAAGCUGAAGUCAGUUACUUGCUAUCCAAGCAUUUCUCGUAUCUCUCCACUACAUCACCGCUUCCUCCAGUUCAAUUGUUACCAGCCUAUGGAGCUUGUUUGUUCGAUAAAGAAGCGGAAGGUUUAUAUUAUCUACAGACGAUCGUAGAUUAUGAUGAGAACACGACUUGGCCUAGAUACGUUACAAAUGAUGUCUACCGUUUGCAUCCACUGACGCUUGUGGAUCCUCAAGACGACAAGUUUAAAGAGUUUGGAACAUGCGUGUUUGCUAACCGGACAAAUACUUGUGGUAAAACCGGUGAUUGCGAUGGUGGUGGUUACUGGGAGAUCGUGCAAAGUCAUAGAGGGAUCAGGUCAAAGACAGGGGAGAUUCUUGGUUACAGGAGGGUUUUUGAAUUGGUUGAAGAAGAUGAGGAUGAGGAAGAGGAACCAGGAAAUGUUUGUCAAGGAGAAGAUGUGAAGGAGUCUUGGCUUAUAGAUGAGUAUAGGCUUGACGAUAAGGAGAAGCAGAAUAAAGUGUUGUGCCUUAUCAGAAAGUUCUCUGCAAGUUCCUACUACUAA